CAGCUAGCUCCCACGGCCGGCAGUCUCAAAUACCCAACGCAUCAACGGCCCCCACCUCCCAACCAGCAAACGUGCUCCGCCUUGGAAUCCUUCAACUUCAAACGCACCGCGGAGAUUUCUUUCUCCUCUCGCGGAUAAAUCUCGGCUUUUGCCGUUGCUUCCUCCAUCCAUCUCCAUCCAUCCCCUGUUGCCUCGGCGAGCUACAGGCAGCGCCAUCUGCUGUGCGAGACUAGCUAUAGCUCUGUGUGAUCCUGUCUGCACCGGAAUGCGCGAUGGCGAGGCCUUUCGGCGGCUACCUCCGCCGCUGCUUCUGCUGCUCCUUCUUGCUGCCGGCGUCGCGCGCGGCCAGCAGACGACGGCGCCGCCGGUGGUGCCGGAUGCGCUCAACAACCUCACCAGAGACGUCGCCGACUACAUCUCCCACCGCUUCAGCUUCUGCGUCGCCGACCCGACGGAGGAUUGGAAUGAGGCCUUCAAUUACACCUCGGAUCUUGGAUUCGUGCAGAACUGCCUCGCGGAGACAAGAGGUGAUUUGGGAGGGCGUCUGUGCACACCGAACGAAGUGAAAUUCUACUUCUCGAGUUUGUAUGAUCGAAAAGGCGAAAAAAACCUCUUUCUGAAAACCAACAUAAACUGCAACAGAUCAUCUUGGGUUCAGGGCUGUGAGCCAGGGUGGGCUUGCUCUGUAGGUUCAGGCCCUAACCCCCAAGGCAAUAUUCCACCAAGAACUGCAAGUUGUCAGCCGUGUUGCGAAGGCUUCUUCUGUCCCCGUGGUCUUACAUGCAUGUUGCCUUGUCCAUUGGGAUCAUACUGUCCGCGUGCCACUGUGAACACAACCACUGGUCUUUGUGAUCCAUACAAGUAUCAGAUAACUCCAAAUACAACUGGCUGCGGGGGUGCUGACACAUGGGCUGAUUUUGGGAGCACUGAAGAGAUGUUCUGUCCAGCCGGUUACUACUGUCCAACACCAACAAAAAAGGAACCUUGUAGCGAAGGGCACUAUUGCAGACUGGGUUCCACCACUCAAGACAAAUGUAUCAUAAAGGGAUCCUGCAAGGAGAAGACAGAGAAUGAAAACAUUGUCAUUCUUGGUGGUUGUUUAGUGGGCAUGUUGUUUGUAUUUCUUCUGAUCAUAUACAACUGUUCAGGCCAGUUCCUGACUAUCCGCGAGAAACGGAAAGCGAGAUCGAGGGAGAAUGCUAUUCAGUUGGCACGUCAGCAGCUCAAAGCGCAUGAGGGAUGGAAGGCGGCGAAACGACUGGCGAGGAAGCAUGUCAAUGACAUGCAGAGUCAUCUCUCACGUACAUUCUCUCGUAGGAGAUCAUUCCGUCAGCAUCUGGACUCGGAGAAUUCUGGCCAUAGGUUGCAGGAAGCACCACUGUUUAUGAACCAGGAGUUGUCGGAUUCUGCUGCAUUUUCAGCUCAUCAGAGCACUGGUGAGAUAUCUGAAGUCAUGCCUUCAGUCGUUGUGGAUGUUAGCGAUGAUGGAGAAAUUGUUGCCGGCAAGGAUAGAUCUGCACCAAAAGGCAAGCACAGAUCAACACACACGCAGAUCUUCAAGUACGCAUAUGGUGAGAUCGAGAAGGAGAAGGUCAGGCAACAGGAGAACAAGAACCUGACCUUCACUGGAGUGCUCUCCAUGGUGUCAGAGCAGCAGAAGGAGAUAACAAGGCCUCUGCUCAAGGUUGAGUUCAAAGACCUGACCCUGUCACUUGGAAAGAAGAAGCUGUUGAGGUCUAUCAAUGGCGAACUCCGGCCUGGCCGUGUCACUGCCGUCAUGGGCCCAUCCGGGGCCGGCAAGACCACAUUCCUCAAUGCUGUUACAGGGAAGGUAGCUGGCUAUAAGGUGUCAGGUUCAGUUCUUGUCAAUGGGAGGCAUGACAACAUCCGUUCUUACAAGAAGAUCAUUGGAUUUGUUCCUCAAGAUGAUGUUGUUCAUGGGAAUUUAACAGUGGAAGAGAACCUUUGGUUCAGUGCAAAGUGCAGGCUCUCUGCGACAACGGCACACCGCCACAAGGUCCUCACUGUGGAGAGGGUCAUAGACUCCCUGGACCUUCAGGGAGUCAGAAGUUCAUUGGUUGGAACUGUGGAGAAGCGCGGGAUCUCUGGUGGACAGAGGAAGCGUGUCAAUGUGGGUAUUGAAAUGGUGAUGGAGCCAUCACUUCUGAUCCUGGAUGAACCAACCUCUGGCCUGGACAGCUCCUCUUCACAACUGCUCCUCCGAGCACUACGUCAUGAGGCGCUCGAAGGCGUAAAUGUUUGCGCAGUUGUUCAUCAACCGAGCUACACAUUGUACAACAUGUUUGAUGAUCUGAUACUUCUGGCAAAAGGAGGUCUAAUUGUUUACAAUGGUCCGGUCAAGAGUGUGGAGGAUUACUUCUCAACUCUUGGGAUCACUGUCCCUGAAAGAGUUAACCCACCAGAUCACUACAUUGACAUUCUUGAGGGCAUUGUGAAGCCUGAGUCAGGCAUCAAUGCGAAGCAUUUUCCAUUGCACUGGAUGCUCUACAAUGGCUAUGAAGUGCCAAAUGACAUGAAAGAUGAUCUCAAGGCAAUAGGUGAACAGAGACCACAUUUGGGGUCCAGCCCUUCAGCUGGAUCAACACCUCAUUGCCUUCCUCAUGUCAGGAAUGCUUUUGCUGAAGAGCGUGAUCGUAUCGAGCACCAUUUGUCUAAACCAAAGGAUUUGUCCAGCAGAAGAACACCAGGGGUGAUUAGACAGUACAAGUACUACCUAGGAAGGGUCACAAAACAGAGGUUGCGCGAAGCUAGGUUGCUUGCAGUUGAUUUUCUGAUACUAGGCCUUGCUGGGAUCUGUCUGGGUACUAUUGCAAAGCUCAGUGAUCCAAAUUUUGGGAUGCCUGGCUACAUUUACACCAUAAUUGCAGUUUCUCUGUUGUGCAAGAUUGCAGCACUAAGGUCGUUUUCACUUGAAAGAUUGCAAUACUUGAGGGAAAGAGAGUCAGGGAUGAGCUCAUUGGCAUACUUUCUUGCUAGGGAUACAAUUGAUCAUUUCAGCACGAUUGUGAAGCCGAUCGUUUACCUCUCCAUGUUCUACUACUUCAAUAAUCCAAGAUCUACAAUUACCGAUAACUAUAUCAUUCUCCUCGCACUUGUGUACUGCGUAACCGGUAUAGGAUACACUUUUGCUAUCUGCUUCAACCCUGGUUCUGCACAACUGUGUUCUGCAUUGAUCCCAGUUGUUCUGACUUUGUUAUCCACUCAAAAUAAUACCCCUGCAAUUCUCAAUAGAUUAUGCUAUCCAAAGUGGGCAUUAGAGGGUUUCAUAAUUGUAAAUGCAAAAAGGUAUCCUGGAGUUUGGCUUAUAACUCGCUGUGGGUUGUUGUUCAGAAGUCGUUUCGACAUUCAUCAUUACAUGCUCUGUAUUUUGGUUCUGUUUAUGUAUGGUCUGUUCUUCAGAAUUGUUGCAUUUGUGGCCUUGAUUUUAGUGAAGAAGAGAUGAGCAGAGGGCAAUUGCACCAACUUUUCACAUUUGAUUCUUUCAUUAUUUUGUACAGUUGUAAAUCAGUUUUGAUACUACAGAUGAAAUAUAGAGAAUACUUCACUUGCGUGUCCU